GCCUCUAUUCUGCUCUCCAGCUCACCGCCAGUGCUCUGCGCUGCCCAUCACUCCUCUCCGCUCCCACCCGCUGCCACCGCCGCUGCCUGCCACCCUACAUAAACCCCGGCACUCCCUUCGUUGUUGGCACGCCACUUCACUCCGCUCCCCUCCCCUCCCGAGCCUCGGUUCAAAUCAAUUCAGCGCUAGUGAGCAGUAGGGCCUUCGCUUGUCUGCCUCAGUUCAAAUCAAUCCAGCAAUAGCAGCUGCUACCUCCCCUUGUCUACUGUCUCCCUCCUCCUCCCUGAGCUUCCGCAUAAUGAGGAACCAAAGAAGCCUCCUUGCCCUGCUUUCCUUCGCACUGCUGGCCGUCGCCUAUGCGCAGGAGCGCAAGAACUAUGUGGUGCAUCUCGAGCCGAGGGAUGACAGCAGCACCAACUCGGUCGAGGAGUGGCACCGGUCGUUCUUGCCGGAGGCCACGCUGGACUCGGCGGGGGACGACGGCCCAAGAAUCAUACACUCGUACAGCCACGUGCUGUCGGGGUUCGCCGCGCGGCUCACCGAGGAGGAGGCCGAAAGGUUGAGGAACAAGGAGGAGUGCCUGAGGCUGUACCCCGAGGAGUUCUUGCCGCUGGCGACAACCCACUCGCCGGGAUUCAUUGGCCUCCACCUCGGCAAGGACGGCUUCUGGAGCCGCUCAGGGUUUGGGCGGGGCGUGGUGAUUGGGCUACUGGACACCGGCAUCCUGCCCAGUCACCCGUCCUUCGGCGACGCCGGGUUGCCGCCUCCGCCCAAGAAGUGGAAGGGCACCUGUGAGUUCAAGUCGAUCGCCAGGGGCGGGUGCAACAACAAGGUCAUCGGCGCGCGCGCGUUCGGGAGCGCGGCCAUUAACAGCACGGCGCCGCCCGUGGACGACGCGGGGCACGGCACGCACACGGCGAGCACGGCGGCGGGCAACUUCGUCGAGAACGCCGACGUGCGCGGCAACGCGCACGGCACAGCGUCCGGGAUGGCGCCGCACGCCCACCUGGCCAUAUACAAGGUGUGCGCCCGAAGCCGGUGCUCCAUCAUGGACAUCAUCGCGGGUCUGGACGCCGCCGUCAAGGACGGAGUGGACGUGCUCUCCUUCUCCAUCAGCGCGACCGAUGGCGCGCAGUUCAACUACGACCUCAUCGCCAUCGCCACGUUCAAGGCCAUGGAGCACGGCAUCUUCGUCAGCGCCGCGGCCGGCAAUGAAGGCCCCGCCGCCGGCUCCCUUACCAACGGCGCGCCAUGGAUGAUGACGGUCGCGGCCGGCACCAUGGACCGCGCGAUACGCACCACUGUGAGGCUCGGCAACGGCCAGGAGUUCGACGGGGAGUCGUUGUUCCAGCCCCGGAAUAACACCGCCGGGCACCAGCUGCCGCUCGUGUUCCCGGGCCUCAACGGCGACCCGGACGCCCGCGACUGCAGCUCGCUGGUGGAGGCUAAGGUGAAGGGAAAGGUGGUGCUCUGCGAGACGCAGUCGAUCACCGAACACGUCGAGCAAGGGCAGACCGUGUCCGCAUAUGGCGGCGCCGGCAUGAUCCUGAUGAACAAGGCGGCGGAGGGGUACACCACCUUCGCCGACGCGCACGUGCUGCCCGCGUCGCACGUGAGCUACGCCGCGGGGUCAAAGAUCGCGUCCUACAUCAAGGCCACGCCCAGGCCCACGGCGAGCAUCACCUUCCGGGGGACGGUGAUGGGUUCGUCCCCGGCGCCGUCCGUCGCGUUCUUCUCGUCGCGCGGGCCGAACAAGCCGAGCCCGGGCAUCCUGAAGCCGGACAUCACAGGGCCCGGUAUGAACAUCCUCGCCGCGUGGGCGCCCAGCGAGAUGCAUCCCGAGUUCGCGGACGACGUCAGCCUCUCCUUCUUCAUGGAGUCCGGCACGUCGAUGUCGACGCCGCACCUGAGCGGUAUCGCCGCCAUCAUCAAGAGCCUGCACCCGACGUGGUCCCCCGCGGCGAUCAAGUCGGCGAUAAUGACGUCCUCGAACACCGCGGACCACGCCGGCGUGCCGAUCAAGGACGAGCAGUACCGCAGGGCGAGCUUCUACGCCAUGGGCGCCGGCUACGUGAACCCGUCCCGCGCCGUGGACCCGGGGCUGGUCUACGACCUCAACACCAACGCGUACAUCGCCUACCUCUGCGGACUGGGGAUCGGGGACGACGGCGUGAAGGAGAUAACCAACCGCCGCGUCGCCUGCGCCAAGCUCAAGGCCAUCACAGAAGCAGAGCUCAACUACCCAUCACUCGUGGUGAAGCUGCUGUCCCAGCCCAUCACCGUCCACCGCACCGUGACCAACGUCGGGAAGGCGAACUCGGUGUACAGGGCCGUGGUGGACAUGCCCAAGGAGGUGUCAGUCACCGUGCGGCCCCCAAUGCUGCGAUUCUCCAAGGUCAACGAGAAGCAGAGCUUCACGGUGACGGUGCGUUGGAAAGGCCAGCCAGCCGUCGCCGGCGCCGAGGGGAACCUGAAGUGGGUCUCCAACGAGCACGUCGUGAGGAGCCCAAUCGUGAUACCGUCAGCUAAGGCCGUCGCUUAAUUAGCUUGGGAGUAAGUAAGUAGUAGCAGUUUAAGCAGCUCAUGCAUGUGCUUCCUUAAACUGUGUCCAGGGCUAGUAGGUGUACGUAUGGUGAAGAAGUAGGCGAUUGCUGUAUAGGCUACCGAUCAUCGUUUAGCACCUCUGUUACGCAGCGACCUCAGCUGCAAUGGUCUAGUGUAUGUAAAUCUCGGCAAUAAUUGCUCCGAAAUUUCGAAAUCUCUCCGUAACUGGAGGCUCUCUCGAA